AUGGCCACCGCUACCACCGCAGCUACGGCUCAACAGCCCACUGUUUUCCCCCAUAGCCAUGUCGGUUUUGACAGCAUUACCUCGCAAAUCGAGCGCAAGCUGUUGAAGCGUGGCUUCCAGUUCAAUGUCAUGUGUGUCGGCCAAACUGGUCUCGGAAAAUCGACUCUGAUCAACACUAUCUUCGCAUCCCACCUGAUUGACUCCAAGGGCCGUCUCACCCCCAAUGAACCCGUUCGCUCCACCACCGAGAUCAAGACAGAGUCGCACAUUAUUGAGGAGAACGGCGUGCGUCUUCGCUUGAACAUUGUCGACACACCUGGUUACGGUGACCAGGUCAACAACGAUCGAUGCUGGGACCCCAUUGUCAAGUACAUUAAGGAUCAACACUCGGCAUACCUGCGCAAGGAACUCACCGCUCAGCGUGAGCGUUACAUCCAAGAUACUCGUGUUCACUGCUGCUUGUUCUUCAUCCAGCCCUCCGGCCAUGCCCUCAAGCCCAUCGAUAUCGUUGUUCUGAAGAAGCUGUCCGAUGUCGUCAACGUUGUUCCCGUUAUUGCCAAGUCCGACUCCCUCACCCUCGAAGAGCGUCAGGCCUUCAAGGAGCGCAUCAAGGAGGAGUUCGCCUUCCACAACCUGAAGAUGUACCCUUACGAUAAUGACGAGCUCGAUGAUGAGGAGCGUGCUAUCAACGCUCAGAUCAAGGACAUCAUUCCUUUCUCGGUUGUUGGCAGUGAGAAGACCAUUGUUGUCAACGGCAAGCAGGUUCGCGGCCGCCAGAACCGCUGGGGUGUCAUUAACGUCGAGGACGAGAACCACUGUGAAUUUGUCUACCUGCGCAACUUCCUGACCCGCACCCACCUUCAGGAUCUGGUCGAGACUACCAGCCAGAUCCACUACGAGACCUUCCGUGCCAAGCAGCUGCUUGCCCUGAAGGAAAGCAGCGCUGCCGGUGGUGGCCACACCGGUGGAAACCGGCCUAUCAGCCCCUCCGCUGACCGAGAGCUGAGCCGCAACUCGCAGCGCACAGGCAUGAACGGAUACUAA